AGCAUUGAUAUCCACACAAGCGACAGUCACACCUAAUUGGCUUAAUUGAAUAGCUAUUUCUUUGCCUACUCCUCUUCCAGCUCCAACAACCUAAAUUAUAAAAUACAAUAUUAAUAAAAUAUUUGAAAUAUAAUUAUGAAUAACAGAUAUUUUGAGAUAUAUAUUUUAUAAAUAUUAUUACUAUUGCUAUUUCUCCAUUAAGACUUUUUAACGAUAGUGGUCUAAUAGUUCGAUAUAAAGAAACUAAAAUUGUAAAACAUAUCCCAAGUGAUAGCGUUAUAAGAUCUAAUGCAAGAACAAACAGUGAAUAUAAUCUGAUGAACAUUUUUGUUGGUCUGCAAUUUUCUAUGCCUUUUUCUAAUCAAAAAUGGCGCGGCAACGUGUUCAAAUUCAAAAAUGAUUUGAUCAACAACCUUGGGUAACUAAGCAACGAAACAAAUGGUAUCUGUAGAAUCAGAAAAAGAUGAAGUAAUUACGGACCUAAUUCCUGGUCCUCCGAUAGAAUAUGAAAAACGACAGAGGUAUAUUUCUAAAUAUAAUGAACCUAUAAAAGAAGAAAUCAAAAAAGAAAAAUAUGCACACCGUACAUUUGGUUUACCACAAGUACCAUUAAAAUUACCAUCUCAAUAUUUGAAGAAAAGAAGCCGGAAAGAAUAUUGCAAAACAGAUGUAAAACAUGUACAUAUUCGUGAUCCAGAAUAUCAACGAAAGUUACCAUCGUGGGUGCCAGUAAAAAUGGAAAUAAAAGAAAAAUGUGGAGAGUUGCCUGUUGAUCCUGUUAAAUUAGGUCGUAUUAAUUUUAAAAAACAGAAUAUUAUUGAUGUAAAGAAAUCUCAACCUUUUAUUUCUAAAGAACGAUAUGUAGAUACACGGUACGGAGAUACUCAUGAUUUAAAAUCUAGUGGAUUGUAUCCUAUUUAUAUACAUAGGAAGGGAUUUGGAAAAGUUCCAAAAAGUGUAAAGAAAAUAAGAUGUGAAGUAGUAGAUAAGGAAUUAAGAGAAGAUAAACCAAGUGAUCAUUGUAUCGAUGAACCUAAAUACCAUUGUAUCUCAGAAGAAGAAAGAAAAGAACUUUUAGAUGGAAUGAAAAGAAGAUGGGACGAAAUGAUGAAACAAUUUCAGUCUUUACCAUUUAUAAUUGAUACUCCGCCAAAAGUGCAAAGAAAGGCAAAACUGGAACAUGAAUUACAGCAACUUGAGAAAGAUAUUACAAUUCUUGAAAGACACUCUUACAUAUGUGUUAAUAAUGAUGAUGAAAAUGAAUGAAAAAAAAAGCAAAACAGUACAUUAAUAAGUAUUCAAAAAUAAGUAUGCGAAAGGCUACAUCAUUGAUCAUAUUUUUAACUAACUGAGAAAUAUUUAAUAUAUAAAUUUUUUUUUAAUUUUUUAAUAAACAAAGUAUGCAAAAUAAUAAUUGUUAGUCAAAAAGAGAA